AUGAAGGUGUACCCCUUCACUCAAGCAUUGGAGGUUUCCAGGACAGAGGCAGGGGACUCAGCAGGGAGUGAUGGAGCAGUGCAGCACCUGAUUGGGAACCGGAACAGGGUGAGCGGCCUACGAAACUUCAAUCAGCAUCCCAGUGAACACGCUAAUGUUGCUCUGGGUGGAGUGGCUGUUCAGUCUUCAUCGUAUGACUCCAACCGUAAGCCACAGUUGGCAAUUGAUGGCAAACCUUUUUCAGACUAUCUGCAUGGGAGCUGCACUGCCACUCGGUUGGAGAACAACCCCUGGUGGAGGUUGGACAUGCGGGGUCCGUACAACAUCUCAUAUAUUAAAGUCAUCCGAAGAUCAGAUUGCUGCACUUCUGACAUACAGGGAGCUGAAAUCCUUAUUGGUAACUCAGUGGAGAACAAUGGCAACAACAAUCCCAGAUGUGGAGUCAUCACUGUGACCAAAGAAAUUAACAUGGUCUUCAACUGCAACCAGAUGGAAGGACGUUAUGUCAACGUUUUCUUCCGUGGCCAUGACGGUGACAAGUGA